AUGUUUCGAAAUCCACGAGAGAAUAUUAACCUCUCGACUCCGAAUUGUUUAAAGCCAUCUACAGGGCGACCUCCGACGCCACCUCCAGCUAGGGAAAUGGCUACAUCAGGCUUACCGCAGGCUUUUAUCUCUCAAUCAAAUGCCAAAUCCGUCUCUCCUAGCUUGCGGAAGCCUUCAAUUAAAAAGCAUACGUCUAUAAAAAUUAACAGAAAAUCAAAUACAAGCAUUCUAAGCUUUUUCAAAAAGGUCGAUUCUCCAAUAAAGGAUGAUUCUAUGUUCAUAAGUUCUAGAGCAAAUGCCUCAUUCAAACCUCCAGCUCCAUGUACAUCAGGAUUCGAAGCAGAUUUAAUUUCUAACCUAAUACGUGAAGAAGAAGAAGGCUACGAAAAUCUACGAUUUAAUGAGGUCGCAAGCUCUAUAAAGAAACAAAAAUUAUCAAGUAACUCGAUAUUAAAUGAUGAAAAGGACACGGUAGUUGCGGUUGAGUUACAAUCAGGAAAAAUUAGCAAAGAUUCUCAAGAAAAAGCUAGGUGUAAUUUAGCACUUGAAUCGCACGUAAAGCCUAAGCAACGACGAAUAGGACCGUUCCUUUCCGAUUCAGGCAGUGAUAGUGACGAUAAUAACUAUCUAUCAACCCGUCCAACCACGAAACCUCUCGCUAACAAAGAUGAAAUUGUAACCAACCCGACCCCAUAUAUCCCAGCUAAUAUAGCUAAAGAACACAUAACCACAGUUGGUACUCAGGAAAACAUACCUAUAUCUUGCGAGUCAAAAGAGACUGAAGCAACAUUGGAAGAAAUUUCCAUCGGUCAAAUUGAGAACUUAAAGAAAGAACCAUUGUGCUCCAGUGAGAAUUUAAAUUUACAGAUGAAAAAAUUGCCAGAAAGUGCAGAAGAGAUUCAAAUGGUAACCUCUCCACUUCAUCAGAAGUCGAAGGGUACAGAAAUGGAUGAAUGGGCCGAUUUCGAACGAGAAAACCUCUUAGAAGAUGAUUUGGUUGAUGGUGAAGAAUUGUUGUUAAGAAAAUGGAUGCAUAGACAAGCAAAACUUGAAGAAGAUCACGAAACUACUGAAACUUGUGAGGAGUUUGAUGAAAUUCCUGAUCAAUCCCCUGAAAGCCUUAUUUCUACUGUCUGUCCAGUUUGUAAUGUUAAUUUCGAUGGUGUUAAGGAGGAUAUUGUUUCGAGGCACGUAAAUAAAUGUCUGGAUGUUAAUGACAUUCUAUCAUCAGAAUUAAAGAGAGAACCAGAAGAAACAAAAGAAUCGUCCAAAAACGCUAAAAAUCACUUUUCCCGUAAAGCUGCUAUUGCUAGGCCGAGCCAAUCGAAUCCUUUUGAACUUGGUAUUACUGAUACCAAACAGUCAUCGGCUUUUUUAAAGCUCAUGUCCAGUAAAGCUGAGGAUACGGCGUGGGAAAAUGCAGCGGCACUAGAAAACUCGUCUAAGGGAAAACCAGCAUACAAAAGAACAUGUCCUUUUUAUAAAAUAAUACCUGGCUUUAAUAUCUGCGUUGAUGCAUUUCGGUAUGGCGCAGUUCAAGGCUGUCAUGCAUACUUUUUAAGCCAUUUUCAUAGCGAUCACUAUAUUGGUCUUACGUCUUCCUGGUGCCAUGGACCUAUUUACUGUAGUAAGGUUACUGCUAAUUUAGUUAAACAGCAACUUCGUGUUGAUUCCAAGUAUGUCAUCCCUCUAGAAUUUGAAAGACGGAUUGAGAUACCAGGUAUCCAAAAAGUUUCCGUUUUCAUGAUUUCUGCAAACCAUUGCCCAGGAUCAUCGCUUUUCCUUUUCGAAAAGAUAACGGGCUUGGAAGCAUCUCCACGAAGUCAGAGAGUCCUUCACUGUGGAGACUUCAGAGCUUGCCCAGCUCACAUCACUCAUCCUCUUCUAAUUCCAGAUUUAGUCGAUUCAAUCACCGGGAAAUUAAAACAACAAAAAAUUGAUGUCUGCUAUUUAGAUACUACCUACCUCAACCCUCGUUUUGCAUUUCCUCCUCAAGAACAAGUGAUCCAAGCUUGUGCCAAAAUGUGUCUAUCUCUAGCCAAUGAUAACUCUGAGGAAUUUCAACCCCAAGAUUUCAACAAACAUGAGCGUAUAGAUUCUACGAAGUCGAAGUUUUUCACUUCAAUCAUUACUAAAAUGGAAGAUAAAGACCUAGCUAAGCCAUCUCCGAGCAAAAGUCGGCGGGGUCGUUUACUCAUUGUAUGUGGUACGUAUAGUAUCGGAAAAGAACGAAUUUGUCUCGGGAUUGCGAGAGCGCUUGACUGUAAGAUUUUUGCUCCUGCAAGGAAGUUAAGACUAUGUAGCGCAUUAGAAGAUGAAGAGUUGAUGAGCCGCUUGACUAAAGAUCCUCUGGAGGCUCAGAUUCACAUGCAGAUGCUCAUGGAAAUUCGAGCCGAAACCCUGCAAGAAUAUCUGGAAAGCUAUAAGCCUCAUUUCAGUAGAAUUGUUGGGUUUCGACCUAGUGGCUGGACUUAUAAACCUCCCAUCACCCGCUCAAUGCAAGCAGCAACUGUUCCACAAAUACUCACUUCUCCAUUGUGGCGCUCAAGCUUUACUCUCUCUGAUUUAACGCCCCAAAAAGGCUCUAACCGUGAGACUAGUUGUUUUGGCGUUCCUUACUCUGAACACAGUUCUUUUCGCGAGUUAACCCUGUUUGUAUGUGCUCUCCGAAUCGAAAAAAUUAUCCCUACUGUUAAUGUGGGCAGUGCAGCUGGAAGGGCGAGAAUGAAAGGCUGGAUUGAUCGCUGGCUAGCUGAGCGGCGGAAGAACGGGCCUAUCAAGAUUGGAGAUGGAAAAGAUGAGAUUGAAUGGUUUUGA